AUGUUCCGCUAUAUGAAAAUCGUGACAGACUACCCUACGCCAUACCAUGGCUAUGCCUGCGACGACCAAACAGAGGCAGCACUAGCAGAUCCUCAUACCGGUUCUCCACGGUUGAUUCUUUGUGACAGGGCGCUCGAAGACUAUGGUGGAAUUGAGAAAGAUUAUACUGGAGCGCCGGCUGUCACAUGCGAUAGUAUCGGGGACACCAUGUCUAAUAGGAUGGCGACAAUGGGAUCAACGCUAUUGCAUGAAUACACACAUUGGCAAAGUUUGAUGGUGCCGCCAUUGGAUAUGGCGACAACGGAUAUGCCUAAUGCAUACGGAGCUUGGGGGGCGUCACAUGUACAGCCCAAGACCGACGCCAUUUAUAACGCCGAUACCUACUCCCAUUAUGCGAUGGAGGUCUUCUGGACUAAUCACUGCGGUCACAGGUUUGACAAUGCUGUGUUUGAUCCGGAUUACUAUUGCCUCUAG